UUUAUUGAAAAUACCCAAACCAGCAUUAAACUCCAAACUAAGCAGAAGAAAUGGCAGCAACAAUAGUCGGUAAAUAUCGGAGAGUCUCAACCGAGAACUACGAGGAAUUUUUGAAGGAAUUGGGUGUCAACUGGAUAAUGAGAAAAGCUGCAAACUUGACUGUCCCAAUUCUAGAAGUCACUGAGAAUAAUGGUCUCUGGAAGAUUUGCACAGGAAGUGGAGACCCUCCUAGUUGUUCAGUAGAGUUAGAAUUCGUCCUAGGCGAUGAAUUUCAAGAGACAACAGCUGAUGGAAGAGAGGUGACCUCUAUUAUCAACCUAACUGGAACUACUAUGAUUCAAACGCAGAUGUCUAAUUCAGGGGGCCGCAACUCAACCGUAAUUCGCGAGUUUCUGGGAGAUACUGUUACGGUUACAUUAGGAGUAGAUGGCUGGCCACGUUCCUGUGUACAAGUAUUUGAAAGAAUACAAUAGAGGUUCAAGCCCUGAGCACUUUUGAUCUUAGAAGAAGAACAUCAUCUAUGAUCAAUGAUCAUCUAUAGUAAUUGUUCUAAAAUAUGAAAUAAACUGUGGAUUUGUUCA